UAGCUCCUAAUUACAACGCUGAUUCCGGGGAGUAGCCAGAAUGCAAUGGUAGAAGGAUUUCCGACUUUCCUCCCCCUCUCUUGGUAAACCUGAGGGAGGCACAAUAUCCAAAUGCACAUGGAAAUCAGCAGAUCAUCCUCAUAUUCACCUGUUUUCCAUUUCCGUGUCUCCUCUCCUUCAAUCUCUGUAUACGUUUUACUCCUCUUGGGAUUCUCUGCUGUCCUUUUCUUGUUUUCUCAAAGACAGAUAUCGGAGGUCGACGACAAGGUCUUGUUCUCCGAAACUCGUCCCGCGAUAUUAGAGGAGCAAUUAUGGGAUUCUUCCUCUGCUCAUGGUUUCCACCCAUGUGUCAAGCCCACUCGAAAAUAUGAAGAAAAAGCUCAGUUCCUGUUGAUUUCCUAGUGCUAAGCCACAGCAGCAAGCAAAGCUAGUAUCUACAGAAGCAUACAAUCAAACACAUUCUUACACUAGCUUUUAUUUCAUUACCAGCAACCCAUACCUGGGACCGUUACAUAACAGUCAAAAGCAAUGGUGGACUUAACCAAAUGCGCACUGGUAUAUGUGAUAUGGUUGCUGUGGCUCGAAUAAUGAACGCAACUUUAGUAAUUCCUCAACUUGAUAGGCGAUCAUUUUGGCAGGAUUCAAGCACGUUUGCGGACAUUUUUGAUGAGCCUUAUUUCAUCCAGUCCUUGCAAGGCGACGUGCGUAUUGUGCGGCAGUUACCAAAGGAAUUGGAAUCAGCUCCAAGGGCUCGUAAACACUUUACUUCCUGGGCUAGUGCUAGCUACUAUGAGGAUUUGUCACAAAGAAUAUGGAAGGACUAUCAGGUCAUUCAUGUGCCCAAGUCUGAUUCCAGACUAGCCAACAAUGACUUGCCUAUUGAUAUCCAAAAGCUACGUUGCCGCGCUUUAUAUAAAGCGCUUCAAUUUUCCUCUCCAAUUGAGGAGCUUGGAAAGAAGCUAGUGGAGCGGUUGCGGUCACAUGGGCGAUACAUUGCCCUUCAUUUGCGUUAUGAAAAGGAUAUGUUAUCAUUUACUGGCUGUACUUACGGCUUGAAUGAAGCAGAAACUGAAGAGCUAAGAAUUAUGAGGGAAAAUACAAAUCACUGGAAGAUGAAGAAAAUUAAUUCAACUGAACAGAGAAAUGAAGGGUUCUGCCCUCUAACACCAAAGGAAGUAGGAAUUUUCUUGCAAUCUCUAGGUUAUCCUUCAUCAACCUGGAUUUACAUGGCUUCUGGUGAAAUAUUUGGCGGUCAAACUUAUCUGGAAGAUUUGAGAUUUCGUUUCCCAAACUUGGUUUUUAAGGAUACAAUAGCAACAAGUGAAGAAUUGAAUAUAUUUGCCAGUCAUGCAACACAAUCUGCUGCUCUAGAUUAUAUGAUAUCAGUUGAAAGUGAUGUAUUUGUUCCAUCAUAUUCUGGGAACAUGGCUAGAGCUGUUGAGGGGCAGCGAAGGUUUCUCGGGCACCGUACCACAAUUAGCCCAGAUAGGAAAGGUUUGGUAGUGCUUUUUGAUAAGAUAGACAAUGGAGAGCUGCAAGAAGGUCCAAAAUUGACAGAGCUUAUAACUCAAAUGCAUAAAUUCAGACGAGGAGCUCCAAGAAAAAGAUAUGGUUCCUUGCCUGGAAUGAAAGGACGUAACCGUUUAAGAACUGAAGAAUCCUUUUAUGAGAAUCCAUUUCCUGAAUGCAUAUGCGGCAAUAAAAACUCUGUGAAUAAUAUCUAGGCUUUUUCUACUGUGAUCUUGGUUCUAGUUUCUGUUUGGGAUUUUACCCGUGUAGUGCUUAACCUUCGAGCUGCUUUUUCUAUUUUGAUCUACACUUUCAGAUAAGCAUAUAAGGUUCUUUUACUAUUUUGGUUAUGAGAUAUUUGGUGCAUUUUUGUCA